AUGAAACUGUUAAUUAGUAUAAUGAAAUGUCUGUUCGUGAAUAUUACCCGGUGGCGCGCUAUCUGUUGUCGAUAUGAGGCUCUUGCUUCGGCGUACUCACGACAAUUAGUUCUGUUGUUGUCGACGGGUUGCGCACCGGUGUCCGGCGGCGGCGGUCGGCUAUUUCCUGGUUUCUCUACUACACAGCGCACGAGUAGUAGUUUUUGUAAACGUUAUACAACGAAAAAUAACAUCAGCAAUUCUGUCUCAUUACAAAGUAAUCACAACCAAUAUGACUUAUGGGGUCUUCAUAAAACAUUGGAACAAAGGUGA